AAUGCCUGGGCGUGAAAGGAGAAGCCACAGAGCAUUCACCCUUCAGUAUCGACGUCACAAGCAAAGAGGGCUUUUUCUCCCGCCGCUCUUUCAGAUCUUCCUCCCAUCCUCUCCAACCUUGAACGAUGUCUGUAUAGUCAGUGCACGUCGCAGCGAUGAGGGUCAAGCGACGCCCUAUAUGCACGACAAGGGUCCACCGCACAGUCAAGAUCGACACCGCCUGGAAUCCACAGGAGGCGACAACAGGUCUCACUCUACGCCCGACGACGGCGCACAGUGCCCCUCCUAGUCCUGAAGCAAAGCCCUUCCGUUUACGCGACCUGCCCUCGGAGGCUCGAAUCGAGAUUUACAAACAUGCUCUCGUAAAACUUGAGCCGAUCAGACUCGAGCUUCGCAGCGGUUCGAAGCACGGCCGAGAAAUCGUCAACGCUGACCACAAACGAAACUAUAACCACCAUCACAACGGGCGGUUUCAGGCGUACGACAAGACGAAAGGCGAAUGGGUCGAUGCGCCUCCUAUUGAGAACGCCAUUAUAUUCGUCAAUAAGGCAAUCUGCCUCGAAGCAACGGCAGUACUAUACGGCAGUAAUACGUUCACGUUCAAGACCACCACGGCACUCGACCACUUCCUCGACACCAUUGGUAUGCGCGCUCAACACCUGCGGCAUGUCAUCGUCGGCCCGAAAGGAUAUGUCAAAUCCACAGUCAAGUCUGCAAUGGUUAAGCUAGCUGCUGUGGCUACGGAUCUUCGAAGAAUCGAAUUCUCUCACGAUGAGUUCUGUCCCUACGAUGAUCCAAAGACGCCUAGGAUCAGGGAUCUCGUUCAGAAUUGCGCGCCGCUGCUUCGUGUAUUGGAGAAGGAGUUUGCCAACCGCAAUGUGGAUGUCAGUCAGAUCCUCCAGAUUGGUGGCGAAUUCUCGUGCUGCUGGGAGGAUGCAGGAAACUCGGGCGAAUUGCAGAGAUGUAUACAGGAGAUACUUGAUGAGGAGCAGUAGGAUGGACGUACAGGGGGUAGAGAGGGGGGAAAGACGAGUUGAUUUGGUUGGCGCAUUGGCUCUUCUACGCAGCAGAAUAUGUAUGUCACAUGUCGAGAAGGAUUCUCAUCAUGAUUGACUAUUCUCCGCGCGGGAAGGGUCGAUCGUGGUUUUGGAUACCACCCUUGCAGAGUUGCUUGUGGUAGCUUGCCAGUAUUACGCUACACAUGACAUACAUAAUCACGACACGCAAAGCAUGCACAAAC